AUGGCUGCAGUUAAUCUCUCUCCCACCCCCUCGUUCACCCCCUCGUUCACCCCCUCGUUCACCCUCUCGCCCGAAACCCCUGCGCUUGGACCCUUUCCACCUUCGGCAGACCACUCCUUCCCUUUCCAAGAAAACUGUUUAUCAUUUCGCUCCCUCCCCUCCAUCCCACCAGUCAACCCACCACCAGUGGCUGCUUCCCCUUGUCUCUGGGCUGCUUCCCCUUGUCUCUGGGCUGCUUCCCCUUGUCUCUGGGCUGCUUCCCCUUGUCUCUGGGCUGCUUCCCCUUGUCUCUGGGCUGCUUCCCUUUGUCUCUGGGCUGCUUCCCCUUGUCUCUGGGCUGCUUCCCCUUGUCUCUGGGCUGCUUCCCCUUGUCUCUGGGCUGCUUCCCCUUGUCUCUGGGCUGCUUCCCCUUGUCUCUGGGCUGCUUCCCCUUGUCUCUGGGCUGCUUCCCCUUGUCUCUGGGCUGCUUCCCCUUGUCUCUGGGCUGCUUCCCCUUGUCUCUGGAAUGUUGCAGGCUCAUCACUUCCUUCCAUUCGCUCCCUCUGCUCCAUCCCACCGGUUGAACUACAGAAUGUGCCUGCUCCAGCAGUCAAACCAUCACCACCACCAGUGCCUGCUGCGCUAUUUACUUGCGCUGCUGCGCUAUCUACGUGGGCUGUUGCGCUAUUUACGAGGGCUGCUGCUGUUGCGGGCUCAUCACUUCCCUCCAUUCGCUCCCUGUGCUCCAUCCCACCAGUCGAACCACGGAGUGUGCCUGUUCCAGCAGUCAAACCAUCACCACCACCAGUGGCUGCUGCGCUAUUUACGCGGGCUGUUGCGGGCUCAUAA